AAAUAUAUUAUUAUUCUUAACAUCACUGGACAUAAAAUCUGUGUAUUUUUCACACAGACCAGGAUGUAAUGUGAGUGGAAUUAAUCUUUUAUCAGAUCAGAGUGACUGCAGUGGUAAAGUCACAGGUUUAUGCAAUAGUCAGUGUCCUUUUCUGUCAGAUCCAUGUCCUUGAGCAGAGCACGCGUUAAGUGCUCCAGAGGUGCGAGUUUUGAUUCGCCAUCCAGGUCUGUUUGCUGUAGUUUCACAAAGCGAAGGUGCUGCAUUGGCAGUAAUGUAUAGAAAAAGACAAAUGCAUUAUCAAACCUGAUUUUGCGUGCUAAUAUAUUACACAUUACUACACAUUUUUACGAAAUUUCUUAGAAACAAGUGUGUUAUAGAAUUUCUGAGUCAUAAAGAAAUGUGGCUACUGGCUCAUGGUCACAUGCAUGGCUGUGAUUUAAGAGAUGGGUGGUUGAAUAAUUAAUGCCUCAUCUUAAUCCAUAUUUAACAAGAUUGGCACCCUGUGUCGCCUGUGUGGCACAUCUUUUUCACAUUGCCAAGUAUUUCUCAGGGUAUCUGCUGUGAAGCUGUUUCCCCUCAGUUGUACAUCUGCAAGUCGGACUGGUCUAAAACUUGAAUGCUGUUCUGGUACUGGGUAAAAAUGUAUAGAAGUAAGAAUCAAAGCUCUUAAGUAUAAAACGACAUUUGGCUGAGUCAUAGUCUUAAUUUUGCAUCUUUAUGCUAUAAUUGGAUAGUUUUAGAUUUUAAUCAAUUCCAUUGGCAUUCAUGUUUGAGAGCUUUUUAUGCUGCCGGCAAAUUUUAGUUCCAUUUAUUCAAGUUAAAGUUUUUUUUGUGCACAGUCAGGUGUCUGUGUGCUGCGUUCCUAAACACAAUCAUCUUCAGGAUGUCUGGAUACUCAGCCUGUUUUUCUCUACAGCACCAUGUGCAGAUAGUCAUCCUUUGCUUGUUUGCUUCCAACAGUCUAACAUGAAGAGCCUGGAGCAUGAGUUGCAUUGCCCCGUGUGUAAGGAAAUAGUUAAACAGCCUGUGGUCCUGCCAUGCCUGCACAGCGUCUGUCUCUUGUGUGCCUCCGAGGUCUUGGUAGCAAAUGGAUACCCGCCUCCAGAGCUUCCACCAGAACCCAACUCACCAGCCUCCACACCCAACACCCGUUCACCUCGUCAGGCACGCAGGCCCACACCUAAAAAUGAACAACGGCCCAUCGACCGCGUGCUGCGUUCAGGUCCACACCCCCCUUCACCAUCCAUGCCACGGUCUCCCGGUUAUGGGACGUACCCAGGUAGACGCCGUAAGGAAGGUCCACCCUUGGUGAUGAUGUUCCCCUGUAUCCCCUGCGGCAGAGAUGUUGAGCUGGGAGAGAAAGGCCUUACUGACUGUCUGCGCAACCUCACCUUGGAGCGUAUAGUGGAGAGGUACAGACACACGGUGAGUCUGGGCAGUGUGGCUGUGAUGUGCCAAUUCUGUAAGCCGCCUCAAACUCUGGAAGCCACCAAGGGCUGUGCUGACUGCAGGUCUAAUUUCUGCAAUGAGUGUUUCAAACUCUAUCACCCAUGGGGAACGCCACGGGCGCAGCAUGAGCACAUCCAGCCUACACUCAACUUCAGACCAAAGGUGCUGACUUGUCCAGAACACGACCAGGAGAAGCUGCAGUUCUAUUGUCGGUCAUGUCAGCGGCUGCUCUGCCCCCUCUGCAAACUGCGCCGCAUUCACACCGGACAUAAAAUCCUCCCAGUGGCCCAGGCGUACCAAGCGCUGAAGGAGAAGAUUACAAAGGAGAUGAACUACAUUCUGUCCAACCAGGACACAGUUUUGGCUCAGAUUACCCAGCUGGAGAGUUCCAUCACACAGACUGAGGUAAACAGCGUGUCGGCCAGAGAGCAGCUGGCUCAGAGCAUCAGGGAUUUGACGGCCGCUCUCGCCGAGCGUCACGCUUCGCUCACCCAGGCUCUGGAGGGGGCACGGCAGAAACGAGGCGAGGCACUGGCUGCUCAAGUGGCGGAGAGACGUGGCUUGUUGGAGCACGCUGGGCUCAUGGCGUUCACGCAGGAACUGUUGAAAGAAACAGAUCAGCCCUGUUUUGUGCAGGCUUCUCGCCAGACUCAUAACAGGCUGAGUAAAGCAAUUGAGAAUCUGCAACAUUUCACACUAGCGGCCGAUCCAUCAUUCAGACACUUCCAGCUGGACGUCUCCAAAGAACUUAAACUCCUGACAGAGUUGAACUUCAUCCAGGUGCCCUUGGCUCCAGUGAUCGAUACCCAGCGUAGUCUGGCCUACGACCAGCUGUUCUUGUGCUGGCGACUGCCCCUGGAGUCUUCACCAUCCUGGCACUUUUCUGUAGAGUAUCGCCGUCGUGGUGUAGUACCAGGAGGAGCGUCCAGAGGUGGGAUCAGAGGAGGACUGGCUGCUGCACGCUGGGGCUGGCAGCGAAUGGACGAAGUGAGUGGAAGCAGCGCUGUGAUUGACAGGUUGGAAAUGGACAGCGUGUACGUGCUGCGGGUGAGAGGCUGCAACAAGGCGGGCUACGGAGAGUACAGUGAGGAGGUGUACCUGCACACCCCGCCUGCACCAGUGCUUAACUUCUACCUGGACUCUCGCUGGGGUCUCCACGCCGACCGCCUGGUGGUCAGCAAAGAGCAGCGUUGUGCCCGCAGCGUUCCUGGUCUCUCUCUGCUGCAGGCUGCCGACCACGCCCUAACUUCCUGUCACCUGACUUCUGACCUACUUGUAGGGGAUGUAGCCAUUACACAAGGACGGCACUACUGGGCAUGCUCAGUGGAGCCUGGGUCUUACCUUGUGAAGGUGGGAGUGGGCCUGGAGUCCAAACUGCAGGAGUGGUUUCACCUUCCACAAGACAUGGCCAGUCCCCGCUACGACCCAGACAGCGGCCAUGACAGCGGCGCAGAGGAUGCCCUGGAUUCUGCGCCGCCCUUCUGCUUUCUGACUAUGGGGAUGGGUAAAAUCUACCUGCCGCAGCACAGCUACCACCAUCAACAGCGGGACACCAACAGCAACGGCCAUUCAUCGCCCGCUGGCCUCACUUACCCGCUGCCGCCCCGGCUCGGUGUGUGCCUUGACUUUGAGAAAGGGCGCGUCACGUUCUACGAUGCCCAUUCCUUGCGGCCUCUUUGGGAAGGCCACGUGGAUUGCACCGGCCCCGUGUGCCCCGCUUUCUGUUUCAUUGGUGGAGGGGCCCUACAGCUUCAAGAGCUGGUAGCCAAUCGCAACGCAGAUCAGACUCCGGUCAGACGGGUGACCAUCCAGCCGCGAGUUUCCAAUUUAAAUAAUGGCUGAUCUGAAGUUGGUAAUCGGGAAUGUAUUUGGUUAAUUUGUGAAGUAUUUACAAAGCUAGAGCGAAAAGUUAGACAUCUCAGCGACUUUGGUUUGUAUUUAAUUUUCUUCUACAAGAAAAUGUUUCUAUAGCAACAAAUAUGCAAUGUAAUUAUGUUUCUUACAUUUUUGUUACAUGCAGUUUUGCAAGAGUUACUGCUUAAGUAGUGUCUGGACUAUCCAGCACCUGAUAUGUAAUUAUAUCUUUGAUGCUUGCACUUGUAGCCAGGCUAUACUGCAUACAUUUAUAAUGCUAAUGUAUACAUAGCUUCACACAGUGUCGUCUUUCAUGUAGAAGCUUUUAUUCUGUCAUUUCGUGUCCUUAAUGGUUCUCUUUUGUUUCAGAGAUAUGAACAUUAUGUGAAUACAAAAGAGCUUUUAUUGCAUCUAUAACUAAAUCUGUGUUUAACCACAGCUAAUGCUAGUCAUUCAGCCAUUAUGAUCCCAACCAAAGUGAUUGUUUUUCUGGGAUGUAAAUGUGGUAAAUUAGAGGUAGAGAGGAACAAUGAGGCAAUACUGUAAUUAGAGGCUCCAAUUAUACCUCUGCUGCACAGCUAAUCACUAGUUUCCACACUUCUGUUUGUGCAUCGCUGUUUUGGAUUUCAAAUAGUCUGAUGUUUGUCUGUGUGUGUGCGUGAGUGUAUGUGUGUGUGCAUUUGGGUGUUUAAUUCCCUGUUUUCACGGGGGCGUGUGGCUUGACUGAUAACGGCACCGACUGGCAGAUAGUGAAAACUUGUUUUCUCGCACACAAUACUUUGGAUUUUUUUCCCCCAACCUUGCUUGAUUGUAAGUUAAUGAGCAGCGCUUCUCAUGAAAAGAAACAGAAGAUUAACGUGUAAACUUCGUCUGCUGACAGAAUGUUUGCAAAAGAAAAAUGGAUUAAGGAAGGAAACACUGAAUAAAUUCAAAUUGUUUAAAUUAU